UUUUCAUAAAUGUCAUUUUGUUUAUUGGCUAGGGUUCUGAAUGUGAAUGUGCAUUUCGCAAAACUUUUACUAAAAUGAAUUGUAAUUUCAAAUAGGAGGAAGUGUACAAUAAACAAGAUAUAAAUAAACCGUGUUCUUAAUUUUUUUUAAAUAAACAAGAGGCGAUCUUAUGUUUAUAAAACUCGUGUCCUACAUUUCAAUACUACUUUUACAAAAUAUGGAAGAAAGUCUUAUAAAUAGUGGAUUCUUAUUUAUAGGAGUGACUUAAUACAAUUGAAAUGUAAUCAAGUAUACCAUUGCUUGCUUACUAAUUAAGGAACUAUAGUUAUGUAUACUUUCGUAGAGUUAGCUUUGAGUGUGGGGGUGCUCGUAUCACUUAUUACGGCACUCUCAGCCUGUGUUUGCGGCUGUAAAAAUUCUAAUCAGAAAAGUGAGUUGGUGGGUACUGCUGGAGUAGUCAAAAUCCGUUUUGACGAAGAGGUACUGUCCCCUACGCCCACCACUCCAGCAUCUGUCAAGCGGGCAUCUACCCAGAAUAAUCAGCGCAGUCUACCUGAGAUCCCGCACCCAGUGGGGAGGCACGACAGUGGGGAUACUGCUUCAGAAAUAUAUGCUACUGUCAAUUUAGAUGAAGGUGCCAAAGCUUCGGCUAUCGCGUCCACGAGUAGGGAGCACCCCUACGAGCAUGCAUAUGCAAAGCUUCAGAAUGAGUCUCAUAACAUUACGGUGGAAAUCACUCCUGAUCAAAGAUCGGAGGAUGAAAUUCAAAUAGAUGAACGGGAAGCGACACAGUCCGGCCCAGAAUCAGUAAUGAUAUCCGCGUCAGUGGCCAUAAGCGGGCAGCUGCCGUCCAGCCAGGAGCUGCCGUACAUCACGCCGCCGUCGCCGCGGGCGCGCGCCGACACCGCCGCGCACUUCAGCGGCGACUCCACAGACUCCGCCAAGGGCUACACCAGUAUAUCGGUCCGCGAGCCUCUCAGCAACAUCCGAGCACAGAGCGUGAAACCGCCCACGCAGCCGCACUACGCCACCGUGUCGGAUGACUCAGAUGAGAUGUACGCGGCGAUCGAGGAGGCGGAGGCGGGCGGCUCGGACACGUACGCGCAGAUCACGCCCGAGAGGCGCGCCGCCGACUGCGACGCCGGCAGUGCGGCCAGGAGAAGUGCGCCACCUGAAAUUGGAGCUUCCACUUCUAAUGCGACACACUCUCGGCAAGCAUCUUCAUCGUCAUGUUCUCUAUCGACGGGCGCUCUCGGGUCGCCGAAGCCUGAGAAGCGCCAGGCCAACUCCCCGCUGCCGCCGCCGCCCGCGCAUGCGCCGCAUCAUGCUGUAGUACAUGCCGCCGUACAUGCCACUUCGCAUGCCACAGCGAAUGUUAGGGCGCAGCACCAACGAAUAUCUAGCACAGGUGACCUUCACAGCAAUGACAAGUUUCGUCGCAGUCUCAACGAAAAACACCAACGAAACAACAGCUGUGUCAGUUCAUCGGAUUUCUACGGCUGCAACUACCCCGUCGAGAAGCACCGCUUCAGUUCUGGCGAUCUCAUCCGCCCGCUAGUCGCCAAAGAGCUCAACUUCGAUAUAGAUCACAAAGACAGCCCCGUCGACAAUUUGUACAACUCCAUCGACGGACCCGGCUACAGCAACUACUCGCCAGAGGUCGCCACCUCCGCAAGCUCAGAACAACGACUCACAGAAAGCCCCUCGCGAAACGUCGAAGAAAUGUACGCAAAAGUCUUGAAGAAAAAAGGAAAAGACGACCCGAUACGAAGAUCCAAAGAUCUCACCAACAACGAAGUGGAUGGCGUCGCGCCCAAGUUCCGCGGAGAUGACCCCGGAUACGAAACUAUUGACAGAAAGAAAUCAGUCAACCACGGCUACGAAACUAUCGCUCACAAAGAACGCAAGAUCUCACAAAACCAAGACCCCGGUUACGAAACCGUUAAAGAUGUCAAUAAACCAGGCAAUUCCAACUUUUCAAACAACAAUUUGCUAAAAUUAAACCACGCAGUCGUUGAUAGUGGACCCAACAGCAUCAUCAGUAGUGAUCACGGGUACGAGCACAUCUCCAAGACCGACAACAAUGCUUCAGAUUCCGAUCCCAAUUACGAAGUGCUACGGAAUCAACCAUCCACUCCGCCAUAUGCUACAAUAGCACCUAAUUAUAAAAUACAGCCGACGUACUCCACCGUCAAUAAAAGAUCCUCACAUGGCAAUAACAAUGAAGAAACUAGUUCUAUCCAAGAGCCGAAUUACGAAUCGAUGCCGCAUGAUCCAUUAUACACCACAGGCAGUGAAUCGGAUCCAAACUAUGAAUCCGUGCGGCCAAAGUACUCCAAUUACGAGAGUGUCGGCACCAAGGAUCCAAAUUACGAGUCUUUAAGAUACAAAGAACCCAAAUAUGAAUCCGUGAGAUCUAAAGAUCCGAUGUACGACUCGGUGAGAUAUAAGAAAGAUCCUAACUACGAGAGUGUAAAGUAUUUCGAGGUGGCCAAGAAGGAGCCGCUUUACGACGCCGUGUCGGGCAAGCGGCCGGGCGGCGCGGCGGGCGGCGCGGCGGGCGGCGAGCGCGCAGCGCAGCCCAGAAACAGUAUUAACGGCGGCGACGCCACAGUCAGUGAUUACUUUCAAGUCUAAAGAGACACUUUAUGAACAAAAUUCAAAGAGUAAACUACAUACUGAGGUAUUAAUAUAAUAUGUUUCAGAUCGUGCAUAUACAACUAUAUUCGUUUAUUUAUCCAUAGAAUAAUUUCGCAGUGUUUAAUACCUCUAUGACGAGAUAUUAUGAAUAAUAUCUCCUUAGGUAUCUGUGAUAUAUUUUGAGUGUGGUUUGAACUUAAUUUUUAUUGUUAUUGAUGUACAUCUAUAGAAUGUACUGCAUAGGCGAGAGUAUUUUUAGAACAGUAUUCUUAGCCUAUGUCGUGUCUGCAAUCUCCAUUGAUUAGUGUGUUCAUAACUAUUUAAAAUAGUUUGUAUGCGAAUAUAUAUGUAUGAACUUAUAUAUUACAUGUACAAAUUGUGAUUGUACAUAGUUUUUGAUAUUAGGUAAUUUAUUACAUCUUUAUCAUAGUACUUAAGUUAUAAAAAGGGAUGAGUAAUGUUCUGGUAGAUGUAAUGCAGUGCAGUAUGCAAACGUAGUUGGACGUGAAUCAUAUAAAUAUAAUUAUAUAAGACUGUUUUAUCUCUUUGAUUAAAUCACAUCGCACGUCGAUAGACCACACUUUUAUAACAUCACUACUAUAAAUAUAUAAAUAACAAUAGUAAAUGACCAUUCCUAAACAUAUAGUUUGGACAACACACUACCUCAUCUUAAAUAUCCUCGGCGUAUUUUUAAAAUGUAGAUGUGAUUAAUUUCAAAGAAUAAUAACAAUAUGUUUCAGCUUUAGUAACAUUUUUUUAUAUAAUGUUUUUAUUAUUGUUAUGUUUAUUUUGUUGUGACUAUAUUCGAUGAUUAUAAGUUAAGAAAUAAGUAAAUUCGGUGUCAUAACUUUAAUGUACUGGUGAGAGAUUUGUUUGUAGUACCUGAGUACCUUAAAGCAUUUGGGGAUUACAUGCCAGUGUCGGUUCAUAUUUUUAUCUUAGAAAAUUUAUCUAAUUUUGCAAAAGUUUUAACUCUGCAUUUGAUAUUUUUAUUCUUGUAAUUAAGCACGAUUGUCUCCUUUAAAACUUAUACAAACUAUUAUUGUUUAUAUGCCUUUUUACAGAGCUUCCUUACUGAUUGCAUGAACUUGUAUAUUUAGAUCAAUGACGUUAUUUCAAAAAUUAAGGCCAGCAAAUAUAAACAUUUUUAAUGCACACGUUUAGGUAUGUCAUUUUUGGUGCUAUUUAAUGAACUUCAUAACGAAACAAAAGUGAUCCAAAUAUACAAAAUGAUGCUCCUAAGAAAAUUAUCUAUAACGUCUUUCUAUUGAAAAUUGCCAAUUUUUUGUGCUUCAUACCUUUGCUACCUUUGUGAAGGAAUGUUAAAGUGAUAUUAUGAACACCACUAAGAUUAUAACAUUAUUGUCACUUGUAUGUGUAAAUAUAAAUAAUCAAAUUAUACUAAACUUACUAUGUAAUACAAUAUGUACUUCUCUACACAAAGCAAAUUCAUUCCAUAUUUAUUAAUAGACUUGAUGGCUAAAUUAUCUAAAGAAUAAAGUAUGCCAUAAAUUAGGUUUUUCAUUUCAAUUCGCUGUUGUAGCAUCAGGAGUUACGGUACUUUUAUAUAGGUACAAGAUUCAAUUUAAAACAUAUCAGUUGACACUAUAAUGCUUGGCAGGUGUCUAUCUCGUAAGGAAUAAAAGGCGAUUGUUAGUAUGUAACGUGAUCAUUUUCACUCCUAUGUAUCGUUUUUUAUGUCUUCAUGUAUUUUAUAUCUGUGGGCUUUAUCUAAGGUGGGCUCAUAUCUGAAUGUGGAGCCCAAGUAGAUACCAAAUAGUAAAGCAAAGGCAUAUAUUUUGAAUGCUUAGUGUAUUUUAGGCUAUUUGACUGUAUUAAAAAUAUACAUUUCUUUUAUGUCAUCAGUCUUAAUAUUAUUUUUUUGGAGCAAUUUGUAAUAACGCGAGAUAAAAAUAUUGCAUUAUUUAAACAAAAUCCGUCUCAGAAAAUUAGGUUUUUAUAUGCAGCUGUCACGUGACUAAAAACGAACGUGAUUGGCUAUUUCUAUUAUGACGUCAAUUAUCCAUAAACAGACUGUGGAUCGUACCGUUCCUUAGUGUUCGCUAUUAUUUUUCAAGAUUUUAUAAGUGUUUGAUCGCUCAGGAUUACUCAGAUAACAUAGGUAUUUAAUAAUGGAAACCCAUUCCGCGAAAGCUGACAGUCGAAACCUACCAAAAGUGGACGCAAUAAUGGUUGGAAGAAGAAAUCUGGAUUGUCUUCUUCAAAGACAAUCCAGAUUUCUAUGCUGAAAUACGAACUGAGGAAUGUGAAAACAUCAUUGUAAGUAUAUCUUGGUAACCACUGAUCUUAGAUCAUGAUCUGAAACCACUUCUUGCGAAUAUUCAAAUCCAUCGGCAUAGAAAAAACAGUUUCGUAGGAGAUUUUAUUGUUGUAUUAGUGCAUUGAGGCACUGCACAACAUUUAUAGGAACUCAUUUUAAUAAUUUUCACACAUAUGACGUGGCACAAGUUAAAUAAAACAAGAGAAAAUCAAAACUUUUCGAAACACCAACAAACUUUGUAUGAUAUUUACACGGAAUUUACGUCACUGCAUGCCAUGGCCGCCAUAUUGCUAAAAGUCGCGUUUUGGCGGCAUAUUUAAAUAUUUCAUUUUCUUUUUCGAUUUUUUAAUAAAAUAGCUGUAAUAAAGGCAGAAAAGUAUUUUUGUAGGGCUCCUUAUAAACAAAUAAAUACCCUAAGAUAGUUUUUAGAACUUUGUCAAA